AUGGUACAGAAUUUUCUACCAAGUAAUAACAACGCAUUUAAUUAGGCUCCCCUGGAUUGUUCAGCGACCAGUCGUGACUUCUCGCUAUCAAUAUCGGAAGACACAGUGAGUAACUUAAGAUUUCGGAUAUAGCCUGCUAUCCUGUAAUUUUUUAAUAAAACUUUCACUUACCUAUAAUUAAUAGUAAUAUUAAUUAAUAUUAGUUAAUCCACUACCAUGCAUAUAUUUCUCAUGCGUGCAUAUAUAUGGGAUAUAUAUCCCAUGCAUACAUAUAUGCCAUACGCAACAAUGAGCAGUAUCCUGGCUGCCAUUCAGAAGUGAUUCGGCAAACAACGAUUGAAUGGUUCCACGGAAACCGAGAUCGAUACAACGGGCGAGCAAAACGGCGACGCACUGCCCAUAUGGUACAUAAUUUUCUACCAAGUAAUUACAACGCAUUUAAUUAGGCUCCCUGGAUUGUUCAGCGACCAGCCGUGACUGUAUAUCAGAAAAAGUUACCCGGUAAAUAAAAGUAUUUCUAACAACAAAUAAACUAUUUAAAUUGCCGUUAUAGAAUCUCUAAUUGUGUGAUAUAUAUCACACAUUAGAGUUUGCUGUUAUAACAGCAAAUUAAAUAUUUAAAUUACGGUUAGAAACUCUAAUGUGUGAAAAUCUUAUUGUGUGAUAUAUCACACAAUUAGAGAUUCUAACGGCAAUUUAAAUAUUUUAUUUGCUGUUAGAAAUACUUUUAUUUACCGGGUAACUUUUUUCUGAUAUACUUUCUUAUACAUUAAUACUGAUAUAAAUUUAUAUCGAUAGUUUAAAAUACCGAUAUAAAUUUAUAUCAGUAUUAAUCAUGUAAUUCUGACAUAGAAGGCGAGAAUUCUCAUAUUUUAUGUCAGAAUUACAUGAUAAAUUAUUUUAAAGGGGACUGAAACAAUUGUUAUUAAAUUAAAUUAAUAACCAUAACCAACUGCCUUAUUAUUCCUUUAGUCCCCUUUUAAUGUAUUUAUCAUGUAUUUUCGACAUGAUAAAUAUUCCAAUAAUUUUUUCAUUCCUUAAGUUAAAGUUCUGAGUGCAAAUUAAGUUAUACGCCGCGCAUGUCAUUUACUAAAACAAAAUAUUACGAAAAGUGAUAAUGAAAUGAAUUAUUAAUAUAUUUUUGUAGCUGGGUUUCUUUUCUUACAUGAACCUGCCGUGGAUGAGGAUUUCCGUCAACAGUACACUGGUGAUUAGUUGACAGAACAAUGCGGAUCUGUAUCUCAUAUGCCCCAUGUACAUCCUCCUCAACCCCCUUUUUAUUUUAUAUGUUCAAUAAACUUCCACAUGCACAUUCUUACUGUUCAUUGCUUUUGUUUGUGUAUACCUCGGGACACGUUUGAUUUGUCGGCGUAAACACUAUAGUAAAUCAGGGUGGGCAACAUUUAGUACACGCAAAUGGUAUGGGUGACCCGCGUUGCAAUGUGGAAUAGUAUAACCUACUGUGCGGAGAAUUAGGUAAUGGAAAACACCGGCAACGUAAAAGUGUAGUUUAUAUCACGGAGGGGGUGUCGUCCCCCUUGGCAUUUUUUUUCGAGGACGGAGCUAGACGGGUCUCUCCCGUCCACAGCCCCGUCAAAGCCCCGCCCAAACGGCGCUCUGGCCCCGGGGCAUGACGGGGCCAGACGGGGAUGGUGCUAUCAAGGUCGCAUGAGAUCUCGAAUUCAUCUCUGCAGAGGAGUGAAAGGAGAGAAACCCUUUUCAUACAUCAGCAUAAGUGCAGAAGUUAAUAUGGUGGAAAGGCUUCCAGCUACACCUGCUAUGCGGCGGGCGAUGUAGAGACGAUAGACUAAACAGUUAGACUAGUAACCACAAGCCAAAGAAGCUAUUUAUCCCAGAGGUGACCAAACAUGUCGUCCGAAGGAAUUUAAAGUGGUAAUAUUCUAACUCAUCUUGUAACUUGUAGUUAAGGGUCGAUUUGCUACCUAGCAAAAAACUCGAGAACCGAUUUUCAUCGGUCCUUGCUCUCGGGAACACAAAUCAGUGGAAUUUACUCUUGCAUUCGAAUGAACCUACACUGGGGUCCUUAAACGCAACACUGACAAGAUUCGCACUGGGUAGCUCACUGUAUAUUAAUUAUCGGCCAUGUGCUUUUUCCCUUUGGCUGGCCGAAUCUCGGCUCGAACAUUGACGGCUAAUGAACAUAUUCUAUGAUUCCUUGUGUACGGUGGGAAUUAACCUACUAGGCUUCCGAUCGUCCACCAAUUGUACAGUAUCUGUAAAUGGAAAAAUUAUUGAAGAUGUUAAAUUAUGGGGGCCUAGUUAGUAGUUGACCUCGCCCACUUAAAAUAUGGUCGGAAAAUUCGCACAUAUAUCCAAUGCCGGGGGCUAUGGUUUACUGAUGCUGGCACUCCGCUUCCAAACUUCCCAAUUAUGAGACUUUUAUGCAGGACAUAAUGAACAUAAAGGCCAUGGGUUAAUCUAUCAUGAACACCGUCUUUUUACGUGUUAAUUAUUAGUCCGACUGAUGGUAUAAAGAUGGAGAUUUGACAUGUUUAAAAUAGGACCAAGUUUGAAGUGUUAUGUAAUUUGUUCCGUUUUCAAGAAUAGGCAUCUAUUUAAUAUUCCAAUAGAGCCUGAUUUAGCAGUUUAGUGGUGCAGGUAUUUAAGAGUUGAUCGAGUCAUGACUCUAUUGACUAGUUAGAUAGCAAUAGUAAUGAUCUCUCCUAGCCUACUCAACAUUUAGUUUCUGACCAUCAGAAGUAAGGAAUCAGAAAUACACUGUGAGACUGAACAGUAGAGCGAGAGAUAUUACCGAGUUCCACAACAGCGAGGACAUCCGUAAACGGAAGCGCUGCAAGCGAGACAAGGAGUAGGUCAUGUUCGAGCGAUUAAGCGACAGACUGGCAAAUACGUACCAAGCGCAUCCACCAAAUCACAAGUCGUUUUUUCUUCAUUAUAUAGCCAUUGAAUUACGGAUGGAGUGUUGGUGAGAAUUGGAAACUCCACAUUCAGUUCACUGCUCCCCCAACUAAGUCAACUCCUUCACCACGACUUGGAAAUGAUUCUUGGAAUAUAUCGGCAAUUAAAAUCUUUUACCAAACAGUAAUACUAGGUCAAAUAAUAAUCUGACAAUCAUAUCAUAUUUUCCGCUUGAUAGGUUUUGCGAGGAACCCUCACUAAAAAAACGGGUUUAGGCGCGUGGUCCGAGGAUAAAUUCGUGGGUAAACUCGAGUGCUAUAAAUAUAUUUUUUUGAAAACAGGCAUAACAAAAAUAUUAAUUCAACAGAAAUCAGUUCCUUGGGAAAAAUAAGAUUGGCGUAGCUUUCUCACCUGUAGCGAUGCAACCAUUCUUCGUGAUGUCAUGUCCAAUGUUUCCAAAGACAUCCUAGAGUUUGUGCCGCGUAGAUAUAGUAAGUCUAAUUCUGUGGAUUCCCUUGUUCCUUAUUGUCUUCGUAACAGACUAAAACGUUGCGACGGUAGGUGCGUGACCUAUCCACUAGUUCUUUAUCUAUUCACCUUAGAAUUACACAAAUUUUCGAAAUGGCUUAAAGGAUGCGCCAAGCGCGCGACAGGCGAAGAGAAUCACUUGCUCUCAAUGACCCGAACCCUGGCAAAUCCGUCCUUAAUAUCUUUCAGCAUCAGCCCUCCUCUAAGAAAAUCUUCCUCAUUGAUGACACUGACAAGGCGGAGUUGCUUAGUACCUUCUUUGCAAAACACCUUGUUACUGAGUAA